AUGAACGUGAACCUGACCGGAAGUUAUUUGGAAUCAGAUCCUGAUACUUUGGGGUUGGAGGAAGAGCUUCAGGAUGCCAAUAACCUCCUUCAGGAUUUGGAGAAUGAGGCACAGGAGGAGCACAACAAUUCCUCUGACCCAAAGCCUAUCCGGUGGAAGAAGCGCAACAGACAAGGGCUUGUUAUUCCUCAAAGGCCGCCAUCCAGUAGGAAGACCAGUUGCAUGCCACCUAAACACUCCAGAUGUGAGCCACCAGAUGUGAGUGUUGCCAAUGUCAACCCAACAAAAGUGUCUGAAACUGAGGUGCUUCGUCAAGAGCUCCUUGAGCUGCUGGUGGAUGGAGUUGAGGACCAAGUAGUGACUUGUGAGGCGUCUCUUGAGCCAGCUGCUAAUGCUACUGAUUGGGAGAUCAGAAACACUGUGUCCUCACAAAAGUGGAAAGAGGCCAGGCCUCUUCUUAUUGAAAAUAUGCUGGCUAGUCAGGAUCCACAUCCAAACAGCAGGUGCCAAUGUGGCAAACAAGCCAGUGUGAGGUGCCUGGACUGCCUGCCUCUCCCAUUCCUUUGUGAGGACUGUGAUGUUGCUGUUCACACACGCUUUGUCCUGCACAACAGAGAGGCAGUAACUGGAGGGUUUUUGCAGCCUUUGUCAGAGUUUCAGCAGCAAAUAGUGUGGCUGUUACCGAUACAGAGGCCAGAUCGCGUCUGUGGCUGUUCAACAGGCGAAAGUCAUGUUUCACAUGGCAGAAAUGUGGCUCUUAUAACCAUAAAUGGUCGCUAUAACCUUGCAUUGCCAGUGGUGAGUUGCACCAGCUGUGGCGCAACAUGGUCCCCCUCCAUUAAGGACAUCCAUGAUGGUGGAUACUGGCCUGGCACAGUUAAUUUCUGCACCCUCUUUGCCACUGAUGUCUUUCAGUCUUUCUGUGACAUCAAGAUGGCCGCACCAGGGAUGUCACUUAAGGCAUAUGUCCAAAUGCUUGACAAGAGAACAGUGCACUUUGGAAGAACUGGCAAAAUAUCAGCUGAUACCUUCAGCAAAAGCUUCUCGGAGUGGGUUGCUGUAAGGUUUCAGGUGGAGAAGAUAUGUCAGGAGACAUUUUUCAGCUGCCCUGCCUGCACUCCAGAAAUGCUUGCCGUCUCCGUUGAUGGAAACCGCAAGCUUUAUCGCUUUAAAUCAAAUGCAAGCACUUCACAGCAAAGCAACUUUGAAGACAUCUUCAUUUUAAAAGAUGAGGAGGUUGCUGACUUUGUAAGCCACAUCCACAGACGGACAAGAAAAGGGGCUUGUGGAUCUUCAGCUUGGACAGCAGCUAAGGAGUUAUCCAGGAAGUCCACCAGCAAACUGGAUGAGGAAGGGCUUGAAAUAGCUGUUUGUCGCCAUGGAGUCCUCCUCAGUGCUCUAAACAUGUAUCGAGGAGAGAUUUUUGCGUACCCACUUUUCCUCCAGAAGACGUUAGCAGCAAGUACCCCAGGAAACAUCACAUUCCUUUGCUCAGAUGUAGCCUGCAAAUAUUUUCCCUAUCUAGCCAAGGUGGCUCAGCAGUGCCCUGAGAUGAGGGAUCUCUUGUCCAUGCGUCCUUUCCUUUCGGUCAUGCAUGCAAAGGCACACACUGGGAAAUGCGAGAUUAAAUGGGGAGGCGCUUUUCAGGAAGGUGCAGGCUCAACAAUUGGAGAAGAGGUUGAGCAAGUGAACAGUUUCCUGUCCAGAGCAGCCAUCACAACCAAGUACAUGUCUAAAGCAGGUCGAACAGACAUGCUGACCCUCCUGGCUUGGGGGUGGAAUAAAAGGAAAGUGGAGAACAUAGGCCGCACUUUGAGCCAGAGAUACCUUAAGACUGUAAGGAUGCUUAAGGAACAAGUGGAGAGCCUGGAUGCUACCAAAGAUGAGCUGGGCGUAGAUGACAGCACAAUGCAGUCAUGGGUGUGUGAUGUGCAGCAAUGGGCUGAAGUUGCUGCAGACCUUCAGACCAAAAGGAAGGUGUUUGAGAAGGUGAUGGCUGUGAGGCGCCUGAAGGAGGAGGAAAUGCUCCUUUGCAAAGAAAUGCAGCAGCAUUGGACAGUGAUGAAGGCACAACAUUUGAAGCUGGGAACUAUCUCUUCUUUUGCUGACAUGUCUGAGGAUGCACAGAAGGGACUACGGUGUCUGGUGCUUAAAAAGCAAACAGAGCUGAAAGCACAAAUGCUGAAAGUGAAGGACUACUACAGCAGAAUCCUGAGCCACCAACCGCUCCUGGACAUAGACUCGGAGGAGGAGGAGAUGCCAGAAGAAAAUGAUGCAGCUGACAGUGAUUUCAGCACUUCUGACGAGGACUGUGUCUAG